AUUGAGUGCUGCGAGUUUGACUCCCAGCGCUUCGACGGUGUCAGCUAAUGCUGGAGACCAGGGUAUCUAUGUAAUGUUCGUAAAUUUGACGUCUGGAGCCUUGUUCUUCGCAUCUGGUAAAGUUGUACAUGGUUUUGGAAGAGGAUCAAAGCAACUCGGUAUCCCAACAGCCAAUCUUGAAGAGUCAGUCGUUGACCAAAUUCCAGUGUCAAUUGAAAAUGGGAUUUAUUUCGGUUGGGCUAAACUCGCCAACUCACCAGUAUACAAAAUGGUUAUGAGUAUUGGAUGGAAUCCGUACUUUAAAAAUGUUAAACGCUCCAUGGAAGUUCAUAUACUUCAUAAUUUUGAAGACAAUUUCUACGGUGAUAUAAUUAAGCUUAUCUCUGUUAAAUAUUUUCGACCUGAACUUGAUUUUCCAAGUAUUAAUGAUUUGAUUGGUCAAAUACAUUUGGAUAUCAGUCAGGCGAAUACAUUCCUUGAUGAACCUGAAGCUUUAUCCUGGAGUAGAAAUCAACUGUUAUUCAGUGAAAAUCAACACCCGUUGAGCAAUUCAACUAAUUGUACAUAGUGAAAAUAUGGUUUCACUGAAUUCGUCUUUCCCUUCACUUAAUAGCACUGCUACACCCAUAAGUGAAUAUGAAUAUAUAUAUGAUUAUGUUUGAAGUAAAGAAAUUGAAAUUGAUUUGUUUGUACAUUUUUGUUGUUUAUGAGUUAAAUUAUUGAUUUAAAUUGAUAAAGAGAAACUAUUUUCUUCUUUCAAUAAAUUCUUUUGAAGGUUUUGUAGCUAUAGAUUAAAAAAAUAUAUGACUUUUCGUGAUGGUCAAUUUUUUGCUGAA